AGUCUCAACGAACCAUAACCAUAACCAUAACAUAAAUUUUUGGCCCCGUGACUUGCUUCCAUUACCCAUUUUGCUUUGCUUUGAUACUCUCUCUCACACCGCCAUGGAUCCCAACCCAGGAACCUUCCCUAUUGUCUCCUACGUCAUGUCCCGUCUCUCUUCCUUCGGCCCCAGAUCCCCAACCUCCACCUCCGCCACCGCCACCACUUCCCAUUCCCAAUCCGAUAUCGAACAACCGCCACCCUCGGACCCUUCUUCUUCAAUCAUAGGCCAAAUGCCCAAUCUCGCGGACCCUAAACUGUUAGCCACGAUGACCCGGGCCAUCUCUGACGUGGCCCAGGCCCGAUCGGUACUAAAACUGAUCGGCGAGCGGCCCACCCAUGAGGAGGUGGAUAAUGCGAAGGCCAAGCUGGGCGACCUGGAAGCCCAUUUGUCCCGUCAACUGGAAGAGAUCGUGGCCCUCCCGAGGCCACCGGAGAUCGAGGAACAACAAUGGCGGGCUCACGUGGCCGAGAGAGAGAAGCAGUGCAAGGAAUCGUCGGAGAAAGAGAAACGCGUUCUGAAGUCGCUGAUACAGCUGGACGAGAUGCACGAUUCUUACGAGAAGCUCCUCAAGGACGCUGAGAAGCGAUUGGUGAAGAUUUACGAGGAAGAAGGUGACAAUAACAAUGAGAGUGACAAGGGUGGUGAUGAGAAUGAACAAGUUGCUGGGAUCUUGCAAGAAGCCAUUGGUAGUAAAGGUGUGGAACGAGUGGAUCUUUCAGGGAAGAAACUGAAAUUGCUUCCUGACGCAUUUUCCCACAUUCCUGCUUUGGUGGUUCUCAAUCUCUCCACCAAUCAGCUUUCGGUGAUUCCUGAUUCAAUAGCUGGAUUGCAAAAUCUUGAAGAGCUUAAUGUCUCUUCAAAUGUUUUGGAGUCACUGCCUGAUUCAAUUGGCUUCUUACAAAAAUUGAAAUUCCUCAAUGUCUCUGGAAACAAGCUCACUGCACUUCCUGAUUCCAUCAGUCAGUGCAGGUCAUUGGUGGAGCUAGAUGCAAGCUUUAACGCUCUGUCAUAUUUGCCAACAAACAUUGGAUAUGAAUUACAGAAUUUACAGAAGCUCUUGAUUCAAUUGAACAAGAUUCGAUCUCUUCCUUCAUCUGUUUGUGAGAUGAAGUCCUUGCGGUAUCUGGAUGCUCACUUUAAUGAGCUACAUGGGCUUCCUAUUGCAAUUGGGAGAUUGACUAAUCUUGAAAUUCUCAACCUUAGCAGCAACUUCAGUGACCUUAAAGAACUUCCAGACACAUUUGGUGAUUUGAUUAGCCUCAGGGAAUUGGAUCUCAGCAACAAUCAGAUUCAUGCACUUCCUGAUACAUUUGGUCGCCUUGAUAAUUUGACCAAGUUAAACUUGGAGCAGAACCCUCUUGAAGUGCCACCAAUGGAGAUUGUAAAUCAAGGGGUCCAAGCCAUAAAGACUUUCAUGACCAAGAGGUUGAUUGAUAUAUUGGAAGAGGAAGAAAGGAAAAGCACGCAUGAAAUGCAAGAACAAGGACCAAAUGGCUGGUUAACACGAAGUACCUCCUGGCUGAAAAAUGUUUCUGGAAAUGUAACCGAGUAUCUCGGCACUGCCAUUGGAUCUCCUAGGACCCCAAAAUCUCCCAGAGAUGGUUUUCUUGAUCAGCAGCUUUGAGCCUAUAAGGUGGUGGUGGUGGUCUAGCAAAUAUUGAGGACUUUCAUUUUUGCCUAUUCUCAUAUGAAGAUUAUAUUAUAUGGAAAUGUUAUAUUUACAAACUUUUUGUUUAUAAACUACACUAUGUCUGACCGGUCAUACUUCAAUCAAGAGUAUAUAAUCGGUCAUACUUAGUGUAAUUUGUAAAAAAAAAAGUUUGUAAAUAGAUUCUUCUCCUCAUAUUAUAUUAUAGAUACUAUCUGCUGUCAAUCAACUAUUCCCUGCUCCUACUCCUUUUGGUUGCUACUUGCUGCUGCAAUUAUCCAA